AUGUCGAAACCAUCAGUUUACCAACCCAAAUUAAGCGAGCAUUUCUCCAAAUUCCCACUAGAAAAGCAGGUUGAAGGGUGGGAUGAGCUGUGGAAGAAUGAGACCACUCCAUGGGAUCGUGGGGAACAUAACCCCGCACUAGAAGACACCCUUGUCCAGCGCGGCGGAUUCCUGGGAACAGCGCUUCAAGAUGACAAUGACACAACAAAUAGGACUGGCAACAAGAGGAAAAAGGCGCUUGUUCCCGGGUGUGGGCGGGGAUUCGAUGUUUUUCUGCUAGCAGAGUUUGGAUACGAUGCGUAUGGGUUGGAAUACAGCGAUACCGCGGUGGAGAUUUGUUGUCGGAAUGCUGCUAGGGUUGCGGAUAAUAUUCCGGUUCGGGAUGAUCGCAUAGGGAAGGGGAAAGUUACCUUUGUCCGAGGGGACUUUUUCAAGAAUGACUGGUUGAAGACGAUUGGGGUUGGAGAGGGAGGGUUUGAUCUUAUAUAUGAUUAUACGUUCUUCUGCGCAUUGAACCCGCUUCUUCGCCCACAAUGGGCCGCCCGAAUGACCCAAUUACUAGCACCAUCACCGCGCGGAAACCUCAUCUGUCUAGAGUUUCCUACCGCGAAGGACCCAACCACAGGUGGUCCUCCAUUUGCAUCUCCUCCCGCAGCUUACAUGGAACAUCUCAGCCAUCCAGGGGAGGAGAUCCCGUAUGAGAACGGCCAUAUUAUAACGGAUCCGCUGAAAGAAGUGGGCCCUAAUGGACUAGAGCGCGUCGCGCAUUGGCAACCAGAGAGGACACAUGAAGUUGGUAAAGAUGAUGACGGGAAUGUCCAGGACUGGGUAGCAAUUUGGCGUCACCGCAGUUGA